GUCAAUGCACAAACUGACUCAACUGGAGAGACUUGAUCUGGGCAAUAAUGAAUUCUCUGAACUGCCUGAGGUUCUCGAACAAAUACAGAAUCUAAAGGAAUUGUGGAUGGACAAUAAUUCUUUGCAAAUACUACCUGGGUCUAUAGGGAAGUUAAAACAGCUCGUGUACCUGGAUGUGUCAAAAAACAGGAUAGAAACUAUUGAUUUGGACAUCUCAGGAUGUGAAGGACUUGAAGAUCUCCUGUUAUCAUCUAAUAUGUUGCAGCAACUGCCAGACUCCAUAGGACUGUUGAAAAGGCUUACAACUUUAAAAGUAGAUGACAAUCAACUUACAAUUCUGCCAAAUGCAAUUGGAAAUUUAUCUUUAUUAGAAGAAUUUGACUGCAGCUGCAAUGAGUUGGAGUCCUUACCGGCUACUAUCGGCUACCUUCAUAACCUGAGGACGUUGGCUGUGGAUGAGAAUUUCCUUCCUGAACUGCCCAGAGAGAUUGGAAGCUGCAAAAAUGUAACAGUGAUGUCUCUGCGCUCUAACAAGCUAGAAUUUCUUCCUGAUGAAAUCGGUCAGAUGCAGAAGCUGAGGGUGUUAAAUCUGAGCGAUAACAGACUGAAGAAUUUGCCAUUCACUUUUACUAAACUUAAAGAACUUGCGGCUUUGUGGCUUUCUGACAACCAGUCCAAGGCUCUCAUUCCGCUGCAAACCGAGGCUCACCCCGAAACAAAGCAGAGAGUGCUGACAAACUAUAUGUUUCCUCAGCAGCCCCGCAGCGAUGAAGAUUUCCAGUCAGACAGUGAUAGUUUUAACCCUACUUUAUGGGAGGAGCAGAGACAGCAACGUAUGACGGUUGCCUUUGAAUUUGAAGAUAAAAAGGAAGAGGAGGAAAAUGCAGGGAAAGUUAAGGUUGAAAUAAAUCUAAAACGUUACCCCACUCCAUACCCGGAGGAUUUAAAGAAUAUGGUAAAAUCAGUUCAAAAUCUGGUGGGCAAAACCAGCCAUGGAGUACGGCCUGAGAACUCGGCACCAACUGCCAACAGCGAACAAACUGUGAAAGACAAGUAUGAGCACAAGUGGCCCAUGGCACCGAAGGAGAUUUCAGUUGAGGUUCAAGAUAGAGAAAAGAAAGAAUUGCAAAAGAGUCGCGUGUCUGACACAGACGACACUCGUAAACCAACUCUGGAAAUCCCAGACAGGAAGGAGAAAGAGGAGCACACAAAAAGCUCAGAGCAAGAUGCCUUUGGACAUCCUGCCAGUGAGAUGAGGCUAGGGGAACUGCGUCCUUCCAUGCCAGAGACUCCGUUGUACCCACCCAAACUUGUUCUGCUGGGUAAAGAUAAGAAAGAAUCGACAGAUGAGUCUGAAGCAGAUAAGAUCCAUUGUCUGAAUAACAGCGUUUCCUCAGGCACUUACUCAGACUAUUCCCCUUCCCAGGCUUCCUCAGGGUCCUCCAACGCGCAUGUUAAAAUGGGGUCCUUGCAGACAACGGCUAAAGAAGCAGUGAAUAACUCUUUGUGGGGCAACAGGCUGGCACAGUCGUUCCCACAGCCCCUUGAAACAAAGCCAUUGCUGAGCCAGCGGGAAUCGGCUCCGGCGGGGAACCUGCCGCCGCGCACCGACAGGCGCCCGCUAAGUGACACCUUCGCCGACAGCUGGAACGACAGCUCGCACUAUGACAACACCGGUUUCGUGGCGGAGGAGAGCUCGGUGGAGAACCCCAACGCCAACCCACUCCUGAGCACGAAAACAAGAAGCACAUCCGCGCACGGGCGCCGGCCAUUGAUAAGGCAAGACAGGAUAGUUGGCAUUCCCCUGGAGCUGGAGCAGCCGACGCUCAGAAACACACAUGAAUCUGAAGUGCCUCCUCCCAAUCCUUGGCAAAAUUGGACCAGAACCCCUAGUCCUUUUGAAGACAGGACAGCUUUUCCCUCCAAACUGGAAAGCACCCCCAACACCAGCCCUUUGCCAGAGCGGAAAGAUCACAUCAAGGAGUCUUCUGAAAUGACGAGCACCUUUGCUCCAGGAAUAGCGUGGGAAUAUCAUGACGCGAACGCCAACCGAAGUCUCACAAACGUCUUUUCCCAUAUCCACUGUCGCCCAGAUCCUUCCAAAAACGUCAUUUCGAUCAGCAAGAGCACGGAACGGCUUUCUCCUAUGAUGAGGGAUUUAAAAACGAACAAAUUUAAGAAGUCGCAAAGUAUCGAUGAGAUAGACAUAGGUACCUACAAAGUGUAUAAUAUCCCCUUAGAAAACUAUGCAUCUGGUAACGAUACUCCGCAGCAGAAGUCGUCUGUCACCAAGAAAGUCUACCAGUUCGACCAAAGCUUCAACCCGCAGGGAGCAGUGGAGGUCACCGCGGAGAAGAGGCUGCCGCCGCCUUUCCAGCUCAACCCUGAAUACAUUCCCCAGCAGAGUAAAAACCUGCCCCAGGAGCUGGUCAGCCCGAGGUCCUACCGCGGGUACCCUCCCGUGGAGCACAUAUUCUCCUUCUCGCAGCCCUCUGUGAACGAGGAGGCGGUGGCCGCCCCCUUUUUUUUUUUUGCUCGGCCGGGCUUCUUGCGGCGGGCGGAUUCCUUGGCCAGCUCCACUGAGAUGUCCAUGUUCAGGAGAGUCAGCGAGCCCCACGAGCUGCCCCCGGGCGACAGGUAUGGCCGGCCCCCGUACCGAGGCGCUGCAGAGCGCCAGGGCAGUAUGUCGGUCUCCGAGUCGCAGUUCCUCAAGAGGAACGGCAGGUAUGAGGACGAGCAUCCUUCCUACCAAGAAGUGAAAGCCCAGACUGGCAGCUUCCCAGUUAAAAACCUGACCCAAAGGAGGCCGUUGUCUGCAAGAAGCUACAGUACAGAGAGUUACGGCACAUCCCAAACGAGGCCGGUUUCAGCGAGGCCUACAAUGGCAGGUCUGCUGGGAAAACCGUCAGACUAUAACUUGGGUAACUAUGGCGACAAGCCUUCCGAUAACAGUGAUAUAAAGACAAGGCCUACCCCUGUGAAGGGAAAUGAGAGCUGUGCUAAAAUGCCCGCUGACUGGAGACAACAGCUACUUAGACAUAUAGAAGCUAGAAGGUUAGACAGGACCCCGUCGCAGCAGAGCAGCGUUCUGGACAACGGGCAGGAGGAGGUGGCCGUUGGCAGCCAGUGGAACCCCUACCCGCUGGGCCGGCGGGACGUGCCCCCCGACACCGUCACCAAGAAGGCAGGUAGCCACAUCCAGACUUUAAUGGGGUCGCAAAGCCUGCAGCACCGCAGCCGCGAGCAGCAGUACGAAGGGAACAUGAACAAAGUCACCAUCCAGCAGUUCCAGCCACCGCUGCCUAUUCAGAUCCCCUCUUCGCAAAGCUCCCGGGCACCUCAGACAGGGCGGUGUUUAAUCCAAACCAAGGGGCAGAGAAGUACGGACGCCUAUCAGGAGCAGUUUUGUGUGAGGAUAGAGAAGAAUCCUGGCCUUGGUUUUAGUAUCAGUGGUGGAAUAAGUGGACAAGGAAAUCCGUUCAAACCUUCUGAUAAGGGUAUCUUUGUUACUAGGGUUCAGCCUGACGGACCAGCCUCCAGCCUGCUCCAGCCUGGCGACAAGAUCCUCCAGGCGAACGGCCACAGUUUUGUACAUAUGGAACACGAGAAAGCGGUGUUACUACUGAAGAGUUUCCAGAAUACAGUAGACCUAGUUAUUCAACGUGAGCUUACUGUCUAAAUAUUUUUUUAUAAAUAGUAAAUAUGUCUAGCCAGAUCUAAUGUUCAGACAGAUUUAUACAUAGGAGACAAAUUUUUGCCAAUUGCUGGACCAAUGGCAAACAGUAGUGCCAAAUGUAUAAUACUCUAUGUUAGUACCAAUCACCUUGGGAAAAAAAAUAUAUUAACUAUAUAAAUAUAUUGUUCAUGUGG